AUGGGUAAAUGGACCAAACAUGAAAAUGCGGCAAUGAGUUUUAUCUGUGGCAUUGGUUAAAUCGAGCACCAAGCAUGGUAGUGCCAUGGCGAUGAGAGUCUGUUCAUUCGGAAUCCAAGAAAAACAACCGGUAUAUUACUAGAUCAAACUCCUGCUCUCCAUAGGCAUCCUGAGACCUAGAUCCAGCUUCUGCAUAAUAAAGUGCAUUGAAAAGCAACUAAGACACACACAUUUAUUAGAAAUUGGAAUAAGAAGGCCUCAAUUAUUGCCAUAACCUUGGGCACAUGUUAACUAUCUAGAAGCUUCAAAUCUUUAAUAUUUAAUGAAAAUAUUGACAAGUACACAAAGUAGCCUACAAUGUCAAACAGUGAAUUAAGCAACAUUCAUUUAUCCAGUGAUAGUGAUCAGGGAGAACAGGACAGGCGAGACAGUAAAAAUGAUCAUUUUAUUGGUAUAACAAGUCCAAUAAGUCUAGAUCCAGAUGCCAAUCCUGAUGAUGAAGAGGAGAAACAGAGAUUGAUCGCCCAGGUGUUGGAAAGACAAAACACUUUAGAUGAUUUAUCUUCUCGUGUGGACUCUGUCAAAGUGGAGAACCUAAAACUCAAGUCAGAGAAUCAAGUUCUAGGACAGUACAUAGAAAACUUGAUGGCUGCAAGUAGCGUGUUCUCAUCAGCUUCUCCAAAAGCCAAGAAAAAGUAAUACUUGGACUACAAUACAAAUAAUCUGUCUAUUUUACACUAUAGCACAGCAAGCGCUCCAAUUUUGUAGAAAUGAUCCAUUCUAUUCUCUAGAUUUUAAGAGAUCUGACUUUCUGUAUGUGUUUGGUUUUUGAAAAUGUGAACAGCUUUUCAUGUGAUGAAAAGAUUCUUAGUUUAAAUGGUUUCUUUUUGCCUUUUCCUUUUGUUUAAAAAAUAAUGCAUCUCUAUACUUUGUUAUGAUUGGAACAGGUUUAGGAAAAGAUCGUCCUGAGUUUGAAGUAGUGACAUUGGUGGAAUCUUUUUUUGGGGGGGAAAUAGUAGACCUAUCAAAAGUUUCACCAACUCAAAGUGACUACUAAAUCAUAUCUGGGUUAGUCAUUAUGCCUGUCACAAUAAACUCUUUCAACAGAAUAAAGUUAACAAUGUUCCCCAUGGACUGCAAGGAAACAGUAUUCUCUGUUUUUUUAUCAUAUUUUUGAAUCUGGUGUAUAUAUCAAGAACUGUUUAUAAUCAACUUGUACUAAGCAUUUUUUUGUUUAUGUUAGCAUUGUGAUGAAGUUAUUGUACAUUAAAGAAUUCAACAAUUGAAAAGUUAGUCAUUCCUGUGUAUGGACAUUUAAAAAAUAGCCUACAGUAAACCCUACUAUAUGUAUAAAAUAACAAGUUGACUUUUAAAUAAUUUAUCAUUCAUCCUUUAAGGAUAACAAAAAAUGAAGAAAAAUUGUAUUCAAGUAUGUUGGGUUUUUUUUUUUGUUGCAAAAAAAACAAUAUUUUAAGCAAAUGUUAUCAUUUAAUUUGAUACAGAGGACUAAGAUUUAGGCACAAUUUUUUUCUUAUUUACAUUAUUGUUUGUUUGUUGUUUUUUUUUAACCAAAGUAACAUCCUUAAAAUAUUUUAGUUCAUUGUUUAUACAAUUGACUAAUACCUAUUCAUUUGUAUUCAUGUUUUGUAUUUCUAAAAUUAAGUGUGGGGCUUAGUGCAAUAAAUACUUUUGUCAUUAUGUUGUUUUUAUAUGGUAAUACCUAUUUCCAAUGAAUGUUCUGUCACUUAAUCAAAAUCAACUUAUUUAUGUUUCAUAUGCUUGUAAAUUCAGAUGCAUUUAAAGCUAUAGCCUUCAUCUUGUGAUUAUUCAAAUUGGCUUGUGACAUCACCCCAUGUCUUUGUAUUUAUUUUUCUUUAAGUAUAAAUGAUCUAAUUAUUAUUCAGUAUUUUUAACUUUUUGAUUUUUUUUAGAAACCAAUAAACGUCUGCUUUUAAGCACCAAAC